AUGGUGGCACUGUCGAUCGAUCGCCUCGAGCUCCAGCGCCCGUCCCGCACGCGUCUGCUCAAGAUCGCCGCCAACGCCAGGAAAGAAGCCAAUGCAUGUAACUCUAACUCCUCCCCUGUGACGCCCUCGAUCGAUCGCCUCGAGCUCCAGCGCCCGUCCCGCACGCGUCCGCUCAAGAUCGCGUGCAACUCUAACUCCUCCCCUGUGACGCCCUCGAUCGAUCGCCGCGAGCUCCUGGCCGGGGCCAUUGCCGGUGGUGCGUCUCUCGCCUCAUCAGUCGACAGCCCCGCGCUGGCGGAUCCGAUAGGACCGCCCACGUUCAAGCGCUGCCACCAAGCCACCAUCGGCGACGACAUCAACCGGGCGUGCUGCCCCCCAAAACCCAAGGGCGCCACCAGCUAUUUCAAGCCCGACUCGCGCCCGAUGCGCGUCCGCCCCGCCGCCCACCUCGUCGACAAGGACUACAUCGCCAAGUACAACGAGGCCUACGCCAAGAUGCGCGCCCUCCCCCCGGACGACCCGCGCAGCUUACGUCAGCAGGCCAAAGUCCACUGCGCCUACUGCAACUAUGGCUACCGCCAGAAGGGCGCCCCAAAGCAGACGCUCCAGAUCCACUUCAACUGGCUCUUCCUGCCAUGGCACCGCUGGUAUCUGUACUUCCACGAGAAGAUCUUGGGGAGCCUGAUCGGGGAUCCUAGUUUUGCGCUCCCAUUCUGGAGCUGGGACCAGGAGGGCGGGAGGUACAUCCCAGACAUGUUUCGCCGCGAGACCGCCCUCUACGACGCAAAGCGCGACACGAGUCACUAUGAGCCCACACGGGUGGACCUCUUCUACUCGCCCGGCUCUGAUAAGAAGAGCGACGAGCAGAUCCGCGAGGACAACCUCUCAAUCAUGUACAACAACGUCGCAAAGGUGAAGCAGCCGGACGCGUUCUUUGGCUACCCCCUCAGGAAAGGCAGCAGCAGCAUAAAUGGCCCAGGGGGCGUGGAGAGGGCGCCACAUAAUGCUAUGCACAUAUUUUGCGGCAGCCCCAACCAGCCGAAUAACGAGGACAUGGGCAACUUCUACUCGGCCGGUAAAGACCCUCUCUUCUACUGCCACCACGGUAACGUCGAUCGGAUGUGGGACGUGUGGAGGUCUCUGGGAAACAUGGACUUCACAGACCCGGACUACCUCAACACCGAGUUCCUCUUCUUUGACGAGAAGCAAGAUCUCGUUCGCGUCAAGGUGAAAGAUUCACUCAACAACGAGAAGAUGCUCAAGUACAAGUACCAGGCGAUGCCUGACGACGAGACCUGGACCGCCUACGAGCCCAAGCCACUGAAGGAGACGCCCUGGAGUGGAUCGUCGUAUGAGUAUCGGCUGGUGAAAGCAUCAGCUGAGAACCCCGAGGCCUUGGAAGUUGUAGCGGAGCCGGUGACGAUCACGGUGGAUCAGCCCAAAGGCAGCGGUUCUGACGAGACCCUGGUGCUGGAGGGCAUGGAGAUUGACAUGCGAUCCGCCAUCAGCUUCAACGCGUUCAUCAAUCUGCCCGAGGCCAACAAGAACACGCCCGUCAGUUGUGCCGAGUACGUGGGCACUUAUUCCAACGUCCCCCACUUCAUGCUCGAGAGCGGUAAGUGGCACACCGAGACCGUGAACACCAGCUUCUCUAUCAAGGCUAAUGUCGAGAUCCUGGGCCUAAAGUCAGAGGACAAGCUCGUUGUGACGCUGGUGCCGAGGGGAGACGGUAGCUUCACAUUCAAUGGGGCGUCCAUUCAAGGUCCUGCCCCAGUGUUUCAAGAACCUACGCUCCUCACCUCAACAUGUUCGCCGAGAGAUCUCCACAGGCAUGCAGCCCGAGUGCUGUCCAUGGCUACGUUGCUCGCGAAUGCUAAUGGACGACAAGAAUGCGUCCAGCUACACGUCCUCGUCGCCGAGAAAGGUUGCGGUUUUGUGUGGCACGAUGCUUUGAAACGGUUGACAAGAAUGGCUAGUAUCCUCUCGAGAAAAAGAGAGCGAGCAAAUCCUGGAGCGUCUUGGGCCAGCAAUCCUAAGGCCUUCCAUCCCAGCCGUCAAUGCACGAGAAACAAAGGAUCGAAGGGACUCUCAUAUGCGAUGGAAGGAGAAGAAGAUCCUCCAUUGACAAAUUCCUCAGUGCCAGGAGCCAUUGCGUGUCCAAAAUCUCCCACAAACGCCCCUGCAUUGACAUUUCCAAGCUCGCGAAAGAGAAAAUCGCGCAAUGCGCCAUACCCGGAAGAAGUCCAGGAUCGCCACUAG